AUGCCGGAGUUGGAGCAAUUAAAAGUUACACCGGCCAAUGGUCAUACGGUCUCACCAAAAGAUUUUGAAAAUAACGAUAAAGUUAAAUUAUCAGGUAGAAUAUUAAAUGUUAUGACAACUUUACCAACUCAAAUUGUUAGUAAUUAUGAUUCAAAAAAUAAACAUUAUUAUUGGGAAGUUGAUCCAUUUCGUGGGAAUUCUGCAUUAUUUUCAUCACAAAGUUUUUUACAACAACAUUCAGAUUGGGAAACUCAUUUAAUUGCAUGGACUGGUGAAUUAAGAAAUAAAUCUAAAAAUACUGUGAAUUUAACUUCAGAAACAUUAGAAGAUGAUCCACUUUAUUUAGAUGAAGAUGAUAAAUCAGAAAUAGAGAAAAAAUUACAAAAGGCAAUUGGUACAAAAAACAUUCACCCGGUUUGGUUAUUAAGACGUGAUCAAGAAAGAUGGAGAAAAUACGCUGAAAAAAUUUUAUGGCCUGUUUUCCAUUAUUUUCAAGGUACUCCAUCUGAUGGUAAAGAGGAAAUUGAUGCAUGGCAUGAUUAUGUUAAAUUCAAUGAAGCUUAUUUAAAUAAAAUUAAACAAAUUUAUAAACCAGGUGAUGUUAUUUGGAUUCAUGAUUAUUAUUUAUUAUUAUUACCUCAAUUAUUAAGAAUGGAAUUACCAGAUGCUUAUAUUGGACAUUUUUUACAUAUACCAUUUCCAUCUUCUGAAUAUUUCAAAUGUCUUUCUAAAAGAAGUCAAUUAUUAGAUGGUUUAUUAGGUGCUGAUAAAAUUGGCUUCCAAUCAGACUCAUUUCAACGUCAUUUUAUUUCAUGUUGUGCAAGAAUAAUGGGAUGUGAAGUUACUAAAAAUAAGGUUUUCGCUUAUGGUACAACAAUAUCUGCUGAAACUUUGCCAAUUGGUAUAGAUGCUUUAAAAAUUGAACAAGAUGCCUUCUCAAAGACUAAUGGAAUUGAUGAAAAAGUCGCAGCUAUAAAGAAUUUAUAUAAAGGUAAAAAAAUCAUAGUCGGAAGAGAUAGAUUGGAUAAAGUCAGAGGAGUUGUUCAAAAAUUACAAGCUUAUCAAACGUUUUUAGAAAUGUACCCAGAAUGGAGAGAAAAAGUGGUAUUGAUACAAGUUUCAACCCCAGGAUAUAGUCAUUCAUCAAAUAUCGAACAAAGAGCCACUGAAUUGAUAAACCUGAUUAAUUCAAAAUUUGGUACUUUAAAUCAUACACCAGUUGUACAUUAUCAGAUGAUGAUUCCGAAAGAAGAAUAUUUAGCGUUAUUAAGAGUUGCUGAUUUAUGUUUAAUUACAUCAGUUAGAGAUGGUAUGAAUACUACAGCUUUUGAAUUUGUAAUUUGUCAAAAAGAUAAUAAUUCUCCAUUAAUUUUAUCUGAAUUCACAGGUACUGCAACAGUUUUAAAUCAAGCUAUAUUGGUUAAUCCUUGGGAUUCAGUGGGUAUUGCCAAAACAAUCAAUGAUGCAUUAAGUUUCUCAAACGAUGAAAAGAAAUUCUUGGAACAAAAUUUAUAUGAAAAAGUAAGAUCUAAUACAAUACAGAAUUGGACAUCGACUUUUGUCCGUGAUAUAAUUGAACAUACAGCAAUAACUCAUUCUAAUCAUUAUACCCCAGCAUUGAACAGACCUUUGUUAUACAAAAAUUAUCAAGCGUCAAGCAGAAGAUUGUUUUUGUUUGAUUAUGAUGGUACAUUAACCCCAAUUGUUAAAGAUCCGGCAGCAGCUAUACCGUCUAGUAAAUUAAAUAAAACAUUGGAUCUUUUAGCAAAAGAUCCUAAAAAUCAAAUAUGGAUUAUAUCUGGUAGAGAUCAAGCAUUUUUGGAAAAAUGGAUGGGACCAAAACAUGUAGGAUUAUCAGCUGAACAUGGAUGUUUCAUGAGAGAUUUAGGAUCUACUGAGUGGUUUAAUUUAGCAGAGGCUUAUGAUAUGUCAUGGCAAUCUAAAGUUGAAGAUGUUUUUAAAAAAUAUACUGAAAAAACACCAGGUUCUAAUAUAGAGAAAAAGAAAGUUGCAUUGACAUGGCAUUAUCGUGGUGCUGAUCCAGAAUUAGGAACAUAUCAAGCUGAAGAAUGUUUUAAAGAAUUGGAAAGUACUAUUGCAACUGAAUAUGAUGUUGAAGUUAUGACUGGUAAAGCUAAUAUAGAGGUCAGACCAAAAUUUGUAAAUAAAGGUGAAAUAGUUAAAAGAUUAGUAUUACAUCCACAUGGUCAAAAACAAGCAAUUGAAGAAAUAAUACAUCAUGAUUUUAAAUGUGAUACAUUACCUGAUUUUGUAAUGUGCGUUGGAGAUGAUUUAACUGAUGAAGAUAUGUUUAAAUCACUUUUAAAAAUUGAAAAUCAAUGGAAAUUAGAUAAUAAACCUAAAAAUGAAUUUGGAUCAUAUGGAAUAUAUCCAGUUGCUGUUGGACCAGCUUCUAAAAAAACUGUUGCAAGUUCUCAUUUAACAGAACCAUCACAAGUUGUUGAAACUUUAGGAUUAUUAGCCGGUACAGUAUCACUUUUUGAAAGUGCAGGAUCUGUCGAAUUGGAUGAUCGUGGUCAUGUUGCAAAUAGUGAAAGCUCAACAAGAUCAAAAGAUGCGAUUUUACAAGCUUCAUUGAGAAGAAAGAAAAGCUCAGAGUUGGCUGCAAAAACUUGA